AUGUGCAACUCAAAACAGGAUAUCAUAAGAAAGGACGUACAAAAACUCGAAAGUGAACUAGCACCUGCCUUUGAAUCCAUUUUCUCUGAAAUAGAGAUUAUGGAAUCGGAUGUUUUGAACAAGCAUGGCGAAAGACGACAAGCAAUAACUGAAUUUGGAAGAAAAUGUCACAAAGUUGUAGACAUCGUUAUGACGAAGUAUUUAAGCGAUUCAAAGGAGAUUGAAAGAAGGGAUUUGGACUCAAUCAAAUCUUUAAAAGCUAAAAUUCAGGACCAAAAAUCAUCAGUUAAAUCAGAAAUACAAGAAAAACAUUCAAUUCUUGAAUCUAAAGAUGCAUUCAAACUUGCUAGUUACACAUCCAAAAACAAUGAGUAUAGAGACGUUCCCUCUUGGUUUGAAUUGAAGAUUCCACCAUUUCAUCCAAACGAACUUUCAGAGCUAGCAUUAUUUCAAUUAAUUGGAGAAAUUCCUGAAACAGAAAAAACGUAUAUUAGAGGACAUGUCUUAGAAGAACCUGAAAUUGUUGGUACAGUGAGCACUGGUAAUCAUGAAACAAACAGAGUGAACUGUAUUCCAAACACUAAUGAAUUUUAUGUUUGUGGUGUCAGUGAAAUUAUCAAACGUAUGAACACAGAAGGGGAGUUGCUGGAAAUGAUCACAACUAAGUCCAAAACAUCCCCAUCAAAUUUAACUGUCAACAGAGAGGGAGAUUUGAUAUACACUGACGUGGAUGAUAAAAAUAUUUACAUUGUGAAGAAUGGACAGAUACGGUGCCUAAUCAGACUUUUCAAAUGGACUCCAAGAGGCAUCUGUAGUACCUCAUCAGAUGACUUACUAGUUGCCUUACUAUUAAAGGGUGACACAAAAAUAGUCCGUUAUUCUGAUUCUACCGUUACACAAGAAAUUCAAUACAAAGAUACCGGCGAACCUUUAUAUCAUGAUCCAGCAUCUAUGGAAGAAAAUAAGAACGGUGAUAUUGUGGUGUCUAACUGGGCUACAAACACAGUAGUAGUGGUGAAUAAUGAGGGAAAGUUCAAAUUCGAAUAUAAGGGAAACCAUCAAAAUAAUUUGGAAGAUACAUUCACUCCAGAUGGAGUAGCCACGGACAGUAUGUGCCACAUUUUGAUUGCAGACCGUAAUAAUCAUAUAGUUCAUGUCAUUGAUCGCAACGGACAGAUACUUGUAUACAUAGACAGCUGCAAUAUACAGUAUCCUUACGACCUCAGUACAGACAGUAAAGAUAUGCUCUUUGUUGCUGAAUUCAAAACUGAUUUAGUGAAAGUAAUAAAGUAUUUAAAAUAA